GGCUGCCAAUGAACAUUCGAAAAGAACGCGAGAAAGUAUUUACAAAAUAACAUCAUCAAAAAUUAUUAAAGUGAACGCUACUUCGCUGUUUUUAAGAUAAGUAUACAAUCAAUUGAAAAACACUAGCAUUUGACAUAAACACACCCGUGGAUAUGGAAAUUUUCAGCGUACGAAAUUGCAGACAUCAUGCGGCUCAUCUGGCCACAUUUUGCGCUGUGUACGGUUGUUCAGAAAACUUGGUACAUAAAAAGAAACAUUUUAAAAGACAUGUCUUCCGAACCUUGGCACCAGUUUUGUGGACAUGGAGAGAAUUUUUCCACCUGGAAGAAUGGAGACUUCAGCCAUUGUUUCGAGCAAAUUGUUGUUGUGUGUCCUAGUUACAUAAUUCUGGCCAUUACAAGUUCAUUUUAUAUUGCUUCAAGCCAGAGUUCUUUCCGUGGGGUAUACAAGUACUUGUCAUUACCAUGGUAUGUCAUAAUAAGACUUGUGUUGACGAUUCUGCUUACCUUUACAGCAGUUUUCAUACCGAUUGGUACAAAAUAUCUGAACAAAUUUGAAGUGAGCUAUUCAGAUAUAGUAACAACGUGUACAGUGUCAUUUUCAUGGCUAUUGCAUUGUUUUUAUGUUUAUCGGUUAAAGUAUCUUGAUUGGUCGAGCUGGCGUGGAGCUAAACCAAUGAUUGUUAUGAUGAUACUACCAUGUGUCUCUACAGCAGCACAGCUGCAUACAAAUAUUCUUCAAAGAUUAAAUAAAUCCCCAUUGCAAAAUUCAGUGGAAGAAUAUAGUGUUUAUGUGUCCACAUUUCUUCUGUUGUGCUACUUUUUGACAUUAGUGCCAGGAUCAGAACGGGUGAUCGUAGAAGAAAAUGAUGUGUAUUAUAGGGCUAUUAAUGAAAGUUUUGAAGCUAGAAGCCCCUUAUUAAGUCAACCUGGCACUAAUUAUAGGAGCAUUUCACAAACAAGAGAAGCAACUAAAGUAGCUGAAGAAAAUGUGAAUUGUCUUUCUUGGCUAACGUUCCACUGGGUGCAACAUAUUCUGGCUAAAGGCGCCAGAAGGUCGCUACAGGGUGCGAGUGAUGUCUUUAUGUUGCCGGUGAGGCUUAGUACUGGACUGUUGUUCAUGAAAUUCACAACCAUACUAACCGGAAAGUGUGACAGAAAACUAAGUAAUAAAUUAAAUCCCUCUCUAAGCUCCAACAUAUCGUUGAGUUCAAACAGUGUAAGCACGGUACCAGAUGUAGCAUUUUCAAGACAACAUGCGCCCAGAACUGUGCCUUUAGAACACGGAGAAAGUAAAAUAGAACACGGAGAAAGUAAAAUAACACUUUUCAAAGCUCUUAAUAAAGCAUUUGGGUGGGAAUAUUACCCUCUUGGAAUUCUCAAAUUUCUGGCAGAUAUAUUAGGUGUUCUUGGACCAAUCUUACUUAACCGGCUUGUUACAUACAUGGAAUCAAAUACCGAGCCUGAAUCCCAUGGCUACUGGUAUGCUGUGGGGCUGUUUGCGGCCACUUUGCUGGGAUCAGUCUGUUCUACUCAGUUUGACUACUACUGCAGUGUCAUAGGCUUGAAAAUCAGAGCUGCAAUUAUAACAACCAUCUACCGAAAGUCUCUCUCUGUAAGCAAUGUGAGUGCAGGUAAAUUCUCGAGCGGACAAAUCACCAACUUAAUGAGCACAGAUACAGACCGGAUUGUGAACUUUUGUCCCAGUUUUCUCACAUUUUGGAGCACUCCCUUUCUGAUAGCAUUUGGUGUCUAUCUCCUUCAUCAACAGGUGGGUGUGUCAUGCCUUGCUGGUUUGGCCUUUGCAAUCCUCCUGAUUCCUAUCAACCGCUGGCUCGCCAUCAAGAUUGGUCAGUUGAGUAAGGCCAUGAUGGAGCAGAAAGAUAACAGAGUCAAGGUAAUGAAUGAAAUUCUGUUUGGUAUUCGAGUGGUGAAGUUCUACGCGUGGGAGGAUCACUUUGAGUCCAAGAUCAGACGUCUCAGAGACGCCGAGUUGAAGAGUUUGACUGGCAUGAAGUACCUGGAUGCCAUGUGUGUGUUCCUCUCGGCCACAACGCCGGUUGUCAUUUCCAUUCUCACAUUUACGACGUAUUCUCUGCUGGGGAACCAGCUAACAGCUGCCAAGGUGUUCACGAGCCUGUCGUUGUUCUUGAUGCUGAUCAGCCUACUAAAUGCCUUCCCGUGGUUCCUCAAUGGGCUAAUGGAGGCCUGGGUGUCCAUGCAGAGGGUCCAGCAGUUUGUGGCCUUGCCUGACCUUGACCUUGAACUCUACUACUCAUCAAGUGAAGUGUUACCAGAUGACUGUGUCCUGCAAAUACAGGAUGCCGAGUUCAACUGGAAGGUGGCGGCUGAAUCUGGCCAUAGGGGCCACUCAAGCUCUGCUGGAGUUCAUAAAGAGAACAGUGAAGUACAUGUGAAUAACAUGGAAAUAGAAAUAUCUCAAGAAGAGUUAGGGGAGACAACUUUUAGUUUAGUGGAUCUCAACUUUCGUGUACUUAAGGGCCAGUUUGUAGGAGUGAUAGGUAAAGUUGGCGCAGGGAAGAGCUCUCUACUCAGUUGCCUAUUGGCUGAGAUGCACAGGGUGAGGGGUCACAUCCGAGUGAAUGGCCUUGACCUUGGAUUCGCCAUAGCAACCCAGGAGCCAUGGAUACAGCAUGCCACUGUGAGGGAUAACAUCCUGUUUGGGAGCCCAUUUAACAGUGUGAAGUAUGAAAAGGUGAUUGAUGCCUGUGCAUUGACGGAGGAUCUUCAGAUAUUACCAGCUGGGGACAUGACGGAGGUUGGAGAGAAUGGAGUGACCUUGAGUGGAGGUCAGAAGUCACGGGUGGCACUGGCAAGGGCUGUGUACCAGGACAAGGACGUGAUACUGCUGGACGACCCUCUGGCAGCGGUUGAUGCUCACGUGGCACAGCAUCUGUACCAGCGGUGCAUCAUGGGAUUGCUGGGUGGCCGGACACGCAUUCUGUGCACGCACCACACCAAGUUCCUCAGCAAGGCUGACAUGAUCAUAGUACUCGACAAUGGGCGCAUUGUAAAAACAGGUUUACCAUCAGAGAUCCUGGCAUCCAUUGACCUCAGCGUUGACACAAAGCGCCCGCAUAGCUCCAAGGUCGCCACUGAGUCACGUGACCUCCAAGUCCCUGCCUUGACAGAGGUAGGCGGGGCCUUGGUGGGAGAGGAAACCAAGGAGACAGGCAGUGUGAGGUUUGGUGUCUACAUGACUUACUUGAGAGCCAUGGGCAUCUGCCUGGCCGAAGCUGUGCUGCGGUCCCUGUUACUUAUGCAAGCCUCAAGGAAUGUCAACGAUUGGUGGCUGUCAUAUUGGGUGUCCCACUCUGUACUGCCUGGUCAGAAUGUCUCGCACUCAGGAGCACACAGGAUCUCAAGUAACAGCAGCAACAUGAGUAGUCUGGUUACCGCGGGUGAUAAUGUGAUGUACUACCUGACCAUAUAUGGAUGCCUGGCGGGGGCCAACUCUGUGUUCACGCUCCUACGAGCAUUCCUGUUUGCCUACGGAGGAGUUUGUGCCGCAAGAACCAUACACACUCGACUGCUUAGCAACAUACUGAAGGCACCGAUCACUUUUUUUGACACAACACCUAUUGGUCGUAUUGUGAACCGGUUUUCCUCGGAUAUAUUCUCCAUAGACGACUCCCUGCCUUUUAUUAUGAACAUAUUCCUGGCCCAGAUUUGCGGUAUACUGGGAACCAUUAUAUUCAUCACAUGUUACGGGUUGCAGUGGUUUGCAGUUCUACUUUUACCACUUGCUGUGCUCUAUUACAAAAUCCAGAAAUACUACCGUGAAAGUUCACGUGAGUUGAAGAGAAUCUCCAGUGUGACACUGUCUCCAAUCUAUGCCCACUUCUCCGAGUCUAUAACUGGAAUGACCACAAUAAGGGCCAUGAGGGAACAAGAGAGGUUUCAGUUGGAGAACAUCAGUCACCUGGAGACCAAUCAGCGUGCCCAGUUCACCUCACAGGCUGUUGUUAGCUGGCUGGUGUUCCGUCUGCAGAUGCUUGGGGUAGCCAUGGUGACAGGGAUUGCGUUCAUUGCCGUGCUGGAACACCACUUCCGCACAGUCAAUCCUGGUCUUGUAGGGUUGGCGAUUUUGUACGCCCUCUCGGUGACCAACCUCCUGGGUGAUGUCUUGAACUCGUUUGCUGAGACUGAGAAAAAGAUGGUGAGCGUGGAGCGUGCUCAGCAGUACAUUGAGGACGUACCCAACGAGAGAAUGGAGGGAUCUCUACUGCCACCUCCCUACUGGCCCAAUCAAGGUUCCGUCGUUUUUAGAGGUGUAUGUAUGAAGUACCGUCACAAUCUAGCAGAUGCUCUUAACAAGGUCUCGUUCGAGGUUGAACCCGCAGAGAAAGUGGGAGUUGUGGGAAGAACUGGGUCGGGCAAGUCGAGCAUUUUCCUGGCGCUUUUUCGGAUGGUUGAAAUUUACAAGGGAAACAUCUUUGUGGAUGAAAUUGAUCUAAUUCAUUUAGAUUUGAAGGAUAUCAGAUCUAGAUUUGCAAUAAUACCCCAGGACCCUUUCCUGUUCAGUGGCUCGGUGCGAGAAAACUUGGACCCAACUUGUGUUCACUCAGACAGUGAACUAUGGAGUGUCCUUGACAAAUGUCACCUUCGCAGAGUUGUGGAGAAGCUUGGAGGACUAGGGGCAGAUGCUGGGGAACGAGGAAAACACUUUUCAGUCGGUCAGAGACAACUUGUCUGCCUGGCACGUGCUUUAUUGACCAAGGCUAAGAUUUUGUGUAUAGAUGAGGCUACGGCCAGCGUUGACAUGGAUACGGACAUGCUCAUUCAGCAGACAAUACGCAGCGAGUUUCAGAUGAGCACCGUGCUAACUAUAGCGCACCGUAUCAACACCAUCAUGGACAGUGACCGAGUCCUCAUCAUGGCCGACGCACACGUGGCAGAGUUUGCAGCCCCUGGGCGCUUGCUCAUGAAUCAGGAGACACUGUUUUAUAAACUAGUCAAUGGUCAAUAAAAUCUAGACAAUGAAAAAAUAUACAUUAAUCAUUAA